AUGUGGAACCGUCACGGUCUCCAGCUGUCCCAGAAACUGACGAUGUACAAGACUGUCGUGCUCACGAGACUCCUGUACGGAGCGGAAACUUGGACUGUCUACGCCAACCAAGCUUUGAAGCUAAAACUUUUUCAUCUCAACAUAUUCCGCCAAAUACUGAAGCCGAAAUGGCAGGACAGGAUCCCGACAUGGAAGUCCUGGAGAGAACGGGAAUUCUCAGCAUCCAGAAUUGAGAGUGUUGACUGCUCGGCCAUCUGGGUCUCUGGCGCCGGCGUGAGACGACGCGUUGGCCUGUGCAGUCCCCAAGUGGCGACUUACUUUGGCCUCCCCAAGUUGCACAAGGAGGGUGCUCCUCUCCGAUCCAGUUCAACGUUCGGACUGGCAAAUUGGCUGUUUCGGCGUCUCCAAAUUCUGUCCGCUGAUUCAGGCACCACGAUCCAUUCAUCAACACAAUUGUUAGGGAAACUUAAAGGGGAUCUGGCAAUCGAGGCUGUUGAAAUACUCCUAAGAAGCAAAUACCAUGAGACAGACAAUUGCUUCGGACAUUCCUGA